UUGACAUUCAUUUUGUCAUUAUCGAUUUUCAUAGCUGCUAAUCGACGCCGUUCAUUUUUUGUUUUAUCAAACUUGUUCGCCGGGAAAAGUGUUGAAUAUAUUUUUCAACUGCAGAUACGUGUAUUUUAUACUAAAGAACCUAUUUUCUCUACACUGGAAUCGUUUGACCAGUUUUUCUGUUUAGAAUUUUUGUUUUAGUAUUUUAGGAUGACUGAUUCUGAUUCAUAUAAAUCCCUUAAACGUGAAGCACAAGACGAUAUGGAUAAUUGCGAGGGUCCUUCUAAACGUCCUAGGAGUGGUGGUCGUGCAGUUGAUAUUCGUUUCUUAGUACAAAGCAAAAAUGCCGGUGCAAUUAUUGGGAAAGGUGGAUCAAAUAUCAACAGAUUGAGGACUGAGUUCACAGCAAGUGUUACAGUUCCCGACUGCCCUGGCCCAGAACGUAUAUUAGCUAUUGUGGCUGACAUUGAAACCCUAGGAGACAUCUUGUUGGACAUUCUUCCGAAGCUAGAUGAUUACUCCCACCAUCAUAACAUGGAAUUUGAUUGCGAAUUGCGUAUGCUGCUUCACCAGAGCCAUGCUGGGUGUUUGAUUGGGAAAGGUGGAUCAAGAAUAAAAGAAUUAAGAGAGAAAACAGGAGCACAGAUCAAAAUCUUUAGUAACUGUUGUCCAAACUCAACUGAAAGAGUUGUUCAGAUUACUGGCUAUCCUAAUGUUGCUGUGGAUUGUGUGAAAGAAAUUUGUCAUAUUAUUAGUCAGGCUCCUAUCAAAGGUGCCAAUAAGCAGUAUGAUCCUCAUCACUUUAACCCUAUGUUUUCUUCUGAUUAUGGUGGCUUUGAAGAUUCUGGUUCCAAAGGCAGAGGAAGGGGUUCCUUCCGAGGAGGGUUUGGUGGACCAGAUGGUGGUUCUGGCCGAGGAAGAGGAGGAUUUGGAGGAAAUUUUGGUGGCCGAGGACGUGGUAUUAUGGGACAAGGUCCUAAUAUGGGUAAUCGUUGGAAUCAAAUGGGCCCAGGAAAUACCGGUGGUGGAAAUACUGGAGGCUGGGGUGGAAGCGGAUCCAAUUUUGGGAAUAGAAUGAUGGGAAAUAUGAAUGGUGCUAAUUCGGGAAACUUCAUGCCUCAAGGGGAUAAACCAAUGGGCCCUGGAAUGGGUGGCCCUCGACCUCCUAUGAUGAGUUCCGGCAUGGGAUUCCAAGGUGCUGCUGGGGGACCUGGAAUGAACGGCCCUCCGGCCAGAUUCAUGGGCGGUCCUGUAAGACCAAUGAAGCCGUAUAAUACUCCGGUGCCUAACACAGGGGAACUUUUUUCUUCAAAGCCAGUAAUGAAUCCCAGCAAUGGCAUGUAUUCUAUUGUCAUGAAGAUUCCAAAUGAUGUUGCUGGUGCAAUAAUUGGCAAGGGAGGUCAACGUAUACGCAAAAUUCGUCGUGAUUCAGCUGCAAACAUUAACAUUGAAGAAGCAACUCAAAGCACAAACACUCGUAUUAUAACUAUUACUGGUGCUCUUCAACAAGCACAACUUGCACAAUUCUUGAUGCAACAAAGUGUUCGAGAAAACCAAGGUAGUGGAGGAGGAGGUGGAGGCCGUCGGUUUUAAAACUCUCUUUUCACUCAACAUAAUUAGAACUGUUUUGACGACUUCUCUGCAUACUUGCAUCAUCUCAUUUAUGUUAGUGUAAUGUUUUUUGAAAUGCAACUCAUCUCUGUAUAUUGUACAAAAUUGUUUUAAGUUAGAUGUGCAUCAACCAAGUGACAAAGGGUUAUGUUUCCCAUCAUAUUUCAAGGUAUAAGAAAUAAAUUUGUUUUUUAAGUAUGGUAUGCAUUAAUAAAGAUUUUAAAAAUGUA